CCAGUAUCUGGUGGUUUUAUUAAUCCUUUUACUGUACUGAUGUAAUUACUAUUUUCUAAAACAGAAGAAUCAAUUAAUUAAAAUGCAUUUUUCCGCCUUAAAUUAUCCCGUAUGAAAGAUUAAAUCAUUUGGGCACAAAUCAAUGGCUUACAUUAUUGAAGUAUGUAAAUAACUAGCUGCAUAGUAGUGAAUGUACGCCAGAAUGAUGAUAAACUACAAAAAACUCAAACCCUAUUUAUACGUGCUACUCUAUUAAAAUUUCAUUCUAUCAUAUGCAUGUGAUUGAUUAAGCUAAAAUUCAGCUAAACAAGUAUUGUUGUUUAGCCAUCACUUUCACUUCACUUUAUUGAGAUCAAUAACUUAAACUGUGUAUCUCACGAACAUGUGGAAUAUUCUCUCCAGGUAAACAAAAGGACUGCAGGAGGAAUGGAUAAAGUCAUAACCUGUUUCAACAAGCGCCCAGAUGCUUCGGUCCGUCUCAUCUGUUUUCCCUGGGCAGGUGGAGGCUCUAUCCAUUAUGCUCGCUGGGCCAAAACUCUCAACAGCUCUAUUGAAGUGUACUCAGUUCGACUGCCAGGCAGAGAAGGACGAGCCAAGGAACCAUUUUUUCAAAAUAUGCAGGAAAUCAUUGAUGAGGUCAUUGGUGUGCUUCUUCCACAUCUCAAAGAAAAGCCAUUUGCACUCUUUGGACAUAGCUUCGGAGCUAUGACCUGCUUUGCUUUUGCCGAGCAUGCAAAGAAGGUCUUCAACCUUGAGCCGAUCCACAUGUUUCUCUCUGGAGCUUCUGCACCAUAUUCUGAAGCAAGACUGCAGGCACCAAGAAGAAGUCAUCUGUCAGAUCAAGAGUUUCUUGUGUGGGUCACUUCUAUUGGAGGCACACCACCAGAGAUACUGGCCAAUGAUGAGCUCGCCAAACUCUUCUUACCUGUGCUGAAAGCAGAUCUCUGUGUAGUGGACAAUUAUAGAUGUAGCAGACCAUCAACACCCUUCCUGUCAUGUCCAGUAUCAUGCUUUGACGGAAAAGAGGAUGUACCCCAUGACUUACAAGCUUGGAAGGACAUGACAAGUGGUGACUUCACUGUGCAGAUGCUUGCUGGAUCUCAUUUUUACUUGAAAGAAGAAGCAAAUGAAAAAUAUCUACUGGACCACAUCACAAAACAUCUUGAGACAGCAGAGAUUGACUAUUUAUAGAAACUCUGUCUUUCAUUAUCUAACAGCAAGCAUGAUACAUUUAUAACUACAUUUUAUUUCUAAUUCAUAUUCACUGAUGGAACAUAUUUUCUUGUGUGUGUGAAGGAAAACAUUUCAGAAUAGACACAGAAAGUAAACCAAUUGAUGCCAAAAUGAUCAUUCCAUUAAUUGAGCUCAGAAAUAUUCAUGACUUAUUUUGACCAAUAAAGCAUGAAUAACUUGGAUGUACACAGAUACAGUAAUGUUAGAGGAUAAAAAUAUGCAAUAUGAAAAUAAUUGUCAAGUAUUCAACGCAAAGCUGUAAAAAUAUAUAGCUAAACUAAUAAUAUGUAUUUAAACAGAAUGAAUGGUUGAAUGAAUGGGGGCGGGGAACUAUUAAUAACGUUUUUAAAUAAAAUCUGUACAUUUUCUGAAUAAAAAGGUGAAAAGUGCAAGAAGUGUUGUGGGAAUUUGCCACUGUUUAUUAAA